AUGCAGACGGAAGCUACAGACUAUGUACUAACAGAGUUUAUGGGAGAAAGAAAGUCUACACCUCAUGCAUCACCAAUCAAUCCAACAAUUCAUAUUCACGAUGAUCCUAAGAAGUCACCUAAAGAACAACCAAAGAAAGCCACUACUUCAAGCUCAAGCCACGGAUUUCCAAAAGUCAUUGGUGAAUAUCCAGAAGAUCUUCCAAAAGGUGAUUUUGAUAUAUUCAAUGAAGGAAAGAUCAAUGUGCUUACGAAGAAAGUUAGUGUUCUUGAAAAAGCAAAGGCUAAAGCAGAAGUUGAACGUGAAGAGUUUAAAGAAAAGCUUGAAGCUGCUAAAGCUGAAAAUGUUGCUUUGAAAAAGGAUUUAGAAGAUCAUGCAGAAGUAAUUGAUAAACUGUCAGAAGAUCUUGAAGAACAUGCCAAAGUGAUUGACAGGAUUACAGCAGAGUUUGAUGAAGUGAAUGUUAAGUAUGAAACUGUGAAUGAAGCCAACAAGAUGCUACAUCAAAUGAUUGGAGAGCUGCAUGAAACUACAUCAAACGAGAAUGAAGUGUUGAGAAAAGAAAUUGAAGCUUUAAGGGCUGAUAAAGUGGUGAAGGAUGAACAGUUGAACAUGCUUUACACGAGGGUUGAAACCAGAAGGGCUGAAAGAGAGAAGCAGUUGGCUGAAGAGGCUAAGCAGAAGAAGAAAGACGUUACUCCAGAAGAAAUAAAGUUGAGUAGACGAAAGAUAAUUGAGAAACGACGUGAAGAAGAAGAGAAGGAGGAAGAAGAGGAUCCAGAGCUGAAAGAUUGGUUUGAUGCAAUUGAUAGCUAUGAUGCUAAUGAUGACGAUGAUGAUGAUGAUCAAGGGGCGACAGGGUUGAUAAUUGUGAAACCUUCUGUUCAACAUACUCUUGAUGACUUCUUGAAUGAUCAGCUGAACGAACAACAAGAAGAUCAACAUCAUGAAGCUUCUUCGUCUUCUAAACAACAUGCUGGUGAUCAGGUAUACCUCACACUCCCUAAAGUUAUUUACUUACAUGCUGAGGUUGAGGGGGAGUUAGAGGAAAUCAGGACAAGAGAGUCCAUGUUAGAGGAGUUGGGGAUGGAUGAUGGGCAUAUGAAGUUCGAUAUUAAAGACGAAAUACCACCAUCACCUAAAAGAGAAUAUUCUUUCAAGUUUGUCAAUGAAGCUGAUAAUUUCAAGGAUAUGAUAAUUGAAGAGGGGUCUGAUGUUUCUGAUGAAGACACUCCUUUUCAUUAUUCUGGUGUUGAUGAUACAUUUCCAAAGUUCAAUGAAUUAUUUCAAUCUCACAACAAAGAUGAGGUGAGAAGAAAGAUAGUAGAGAGGAUCACUACUGAAGGGGUUCCUGAAACUGUAUCAGAAGAAAAUCUUUUAGAAGAACGAAAGAAAUGGUUUAAAGUGAUGCCUAAAGAAAGAAAGUAUAAGACGCCGCUUCAAUACUUCACAGAUCAUCCAGAUAAAUCUCUGGGUGAUAUUCUCUCAUGGGGCUAUCUUGAAAAGUUAAAAGUAUAUGUAAUUCGAAGAGAACAUGGAGUGCAGUACUUCGAGUUCCUAUCUGAUAUCAAAACACUUCCGUGGUGGGAUGUGGAAGAACUUAUGCAGAUGAAGAAUAUCAAACAGUUCUACUACGGUUUGGAUGUCAAAAUGCACGAUUAG